AUGACGGUUCCGCUUCUUUCGACACGCGAGCUCGUUGUCGACCUCGUCGUGGGAGAGCAAGAGGCAGUCUCUGACCAAACCGUGGCAGUCUCGGCCGCUCUCUGGGAAAUACUACAGCAGUCAACCUCCAAUCCAUCGUCGGCAUCUGCUCAUGCUUCUGCGGAGAGAAUCGCAAUCAGCUUGCGGCCGUUAUCUGCACGGCCCUUACGGCCAUCCAAGCUUCCUGCUUUGGUGAUGUACGCUGUGAAAAGCGCACAAGAUAGUGCCGGACUCUGGCUCGAAGCUUCCAGGCGCGUCGCUUCUACGUUGGGCGUGUCAAGUCGAGCUUACCGCUCUGAUCAAGGCAAGCGCAUCUGCGUGGAAGCAUACACACUCGUUAGUGCGUCUCUCGUGUAUCUGCAAGCUACGUCCUCGGAAAGCUACGAGGCGGCAAACGAGCUUCAGGACGAGCUCGUAAGGCAGCUUGACGCGACGAUCUUGAGACAAGAGCACUUUGUCCGACUGCAGCUAGGCGCUUCUGUCGUGUCUCUACGAGUCGUCAUGCUCGAGCCUCUGCUACAAGCCGUUUUUGUCGCAGACUCAACCGACGUCCUCCUGACAAUGCAGGCCGAUGGCCCCGACGCAGACCCGCUAGACAGCUCGAUGAUCUCUAGUAUCUCGGAGGACUCUUUCUCCAUUGCAUCCGGAAGCGAUGCAGGUGCAGCUGCUCACGAAGGAACAGACAGUGCCGACGAGCUCCAAGACGACGAUGAUUUCGAGAUCGACGAGCGCUUUCUGGCACAGACAGUCUUGCAAGACUUUUCCAAUCUCGACAUUGCCAUCGAUCCAUCUGUAGAUGGCCGAGCCGUACCUGCACCCUCGCAACGAUCCAAGAACAGCAGCCGAGUCAGGCGAUGCAUGCUGCAGCUGCUUUCUAACCCUUCAUCGCUGGUUGCAGCCAUCUCUCACUGGUACUCGCAGUCCACUACCGCUGAAGCCUCCUCGCUUACCGGCACAGCGAACGACAACAUCGACGAAGAGAAUGUAGUACUGGCGACGGAGAAGGAAAUGGCAUCUCUCGGAGCAUUCAACGGGGACUGGCUCGCCGCCAGUGCGCAAGGUAACUCGAGAACGAGGCUGGUGCGUAUCCUGUCAAGCCAGAAUGUGCCGGCCGCUACCAACGGCUCUGUGACGGUAUGGAUGUCUCCGAUCCUUGCACAGAACAUCCUCGGAGAUCAAGUCUUCUCUGCCUCACCUCUUAGCGUUGUGCUUCGUGUGCUUGGAUCGCGACCAUCGGCUCAACAGCAGGAAGUCUCAGCACUGGUGAGAUCGUGUCCGGUACCUGUGCCUUUUGCCGAGAGUCUACGCAUCGCGCGCGUCGCCGGACCUCUGAGCGUUGAUCGAGCAUAUCAGGGUCUUUUCCUCGAUGCGUUGCGCACCUUUUUUGAAGACCGUCGACGCAUCUGUCGGAACGGCGACGUGAUUGCCGUCGCCAUUGAAGCCAGCAAAGCUCGCUUCGUAAGCAGAGAAGCCGAGCAAGAUGGCAACUCGGAUUCGACACCGGAUGACAUUCAUGAGCUCAAGUUACCCUCGGCUCCGGGAGUGGCCAAAACUGCGACGGUCUACUUCAAAGUGACCGACUUGAGGUGCGAGCUGGUUGCGCCCAACACUGCCACCACGAAGCAGAACAAGGACGAGGCGAUCGGAGCGCUUGCCCUGCAGUCGCAGAUCGGUGAGCUUGGAUGCAUUGUCGAUCCCAAUGUGACCAAGAUGGUGCAGACGGGAGUGGAGCAGUGUCGAGUGGCCAACUGCGAUCGCUGGUUGGGGGUCUCCUCGGAUACACCUAUUUCGCCGACCGAGGUGACGUCUGGAGAAUUGCGCAAACUCGUAGCUCCGCUCAUGGCACCAUCGAGCGCGUACGCAACUCUCUCUUCGCUGCUCACAGCGACAUUGCAGAGCAACGCGAGUCGAUUCGGACUGCACCUCAGCGUUCUGCUCAAAGGUGCGCGAGGCUGCGGCAAAAAGACAGUGGCACGAUGGGUAGCUAAAGCUGCCGGCGUCCAGCUAGUGGAGCUAGACUGUUUUGACGUCAUCUCCGACACGGACGUGCGCACUGAGGGUGUCCUACGAGCUCGCUUCCAGAAAGCUGCCGAGUGCGCACCCUGCAUCUUUUUGCUGCGAAACAUUGAAGCUCUGGCAAGGAAGAGUCAGGCGCUCGAGACGGGACAAGAACCACCUUUGGCCACCGCUCUGCAGAACUGCUUUGAAGAGUUGUGGAGCGUCACCAAGCCGCAAGAAGGUGGACAGGUCGUCAUGCCAGUAGCUGUAUUCGGUACGACCAGCGAUCCGGAUAAGUGUCCGUCGGGCGUACUUGGCUGCUUCAAGCACGAGGUGACGUUUAAUGCUCCGAACGAAGCCGAGAGGCGUGCCAUGCUCGAGAUUGCCAUGAGGGACUCCAUUUUGGGACCCGAUGUUGACCUCAAGAACCUUGCGACGCAAACAGCUGCGCUCGUAGCUGCCGACCUUGUCAAUCUAGCCUCAAGGUCCCGACUUAUGUCGGUGAGCCGAGUGCGCAAGACGCUCCCUGUGUCGGCAUCGACGAUCUCGGAUCGCGAUCUGUUCCUAGCAGGACUCGCUAUCACGGGUGCCGACGUCGAUCAAGCUUUGAACAAGGCACGUUCGAGCUACUCGGAAUCGAUUGGAGCGCCCAAGAUUCCCAAUGUGACGUGGGACGACGUCGGAGGUUUAGCAUCGGUGAAAUCCGACAUUCUCGACACCAUCCAAUUGCCUCUGGAGCACCCUGAACUUUUCAGCGACGGGCUGAAGAAGCGAUCGGGUAUCCUACUCUAUGGUCCACCUGGAACAGGCAAAACACUGCUAGCCAAGGCUGUGGCCACGUCGUGUUCACUCAACUUUUUCUCGGUCAAAGGACCCGAGUUGCUCAACAUGUACAUUGGUGAAUCGGAAGCCAAUGUGCGACGAGUGUUCCAAAGGGCCAGAGAUGCGAAGCCUUGCGUGAUCUUUUUUGACGAACUCGAUUCGGUUGCUCCGAAGCGUGGAAAUCAAGGUGACAGCGGUGGAGUGAUGGAUCGAAUUGUUUCGCAACUUCUUGCCGAACUGGAUGGUAUGGCUGGAUCAUCCGAAGGGACCGACGUAUUCGUGAUUGGAGCUACCAAUCGGCCUGACUUGCUCGAUCCAGCUCUCUUACGACCUGGACGAUUUGACCGAAUGCUCUACCUCUCGGUCAGCGAAACGCACGCUGCACAACUCAACAUCCUUCAAGCCCUGACGCGCAAAUUCAAGUUGGAUGCUGAUGUGGGAGAUCUCAGUGUUAUCGCCGAACAGUGUCCAUUCAAUCUCACCGGAGCCGACUUCUACGCGCUGUGCUCGGAUGCGAUGCUAAAGGCCAUGACGAGAAAAGCGAGCGAGGUAGACGCAAAGAUCCAAGAGAUCAACGAAACACCGGGCAAGAAGAAUCAUCCGUAUCCUUUGACGGCACAGUAUUAUCUUGCCGAAAUGGCAACUGCGGAAGAGGUCGAGGUCAAGGUGGGUAAAGGGGACUUUGAGGCGGCGCUGAGGGAGUUGACGCCUUCAGUGAGCGAACAGGAGAUGCAACAUUAUCGCGAAGUUCAGGCCAAGUUCUCCAGCCCGAGCAAGGAAAAGGACAAGGACAAGGACGAGGGAAUGAACAAGAGUGGAGCGAUGGAGGAACAGAAGCUGUUGGAAGCGUUGACGUCAGCAUCGUCGAACGAUGACGGUAGAGCUGACUCGAGACGGACAUUUCAAGCGGCGGGUGGUGACCAAGCAUCGGCCGGGGCCGAUAGAUCUACCGUGAACGGUGAUGGCGAAGACGACCAAGUGGAAGCUAGGCGGAAGGCGAAAGGUAAAAGUAAAGCUGUGUGA